AAUAAAUCUGAAGACAUUGUGUUUUAAUGACUGCAGCUUGGGUGACAUUGCUCUAAUUGGCCAACUACAAAACUUAGAAGUACUUAGCUUUGUAGAUUUGAAGUUUAAAGAGUUGCCCAAAGAAGUAGGGCUUUUGACUCAUCUACGAUCAUUGGAUUUGACUGGUUGUACUCAGUUGGAAAUAAUUGCACCUGGUGUUAUAUCAAAUUUGAAAAGACUAGAAGAACUAUGUAUGGGGAGUAGUUUUAACCGAUGGGAGGCUGAAGGAGUCAUCAGUACUGAAGCCUCUCAGAGCUUAAGCACUUGUCUAAACUAAGCGCCUUGCAUAUACAUAUCUUGGAUGCUAAUAUUCUUCCAACAGAUUUGUUCUCCAAUGCAUUGGAGCGAUACCAAAUAUAUAUCGGUGCUGCAUGGAACUGGGAUGAUGCGGAUGCAAACCUCAACACACUGAAAAUCAAGCUCACUACCACCAAUGAACUGUACCAAUCUGGUUUAAACAUGUUGCUGAAGAGAACUGACGAGUUACACUUGAAUGGAAUGGAUGCUGGUAAUAAUACAGCUUAUAAUCAAUUAGACGGUGAAGAAUUUCAGCAAUUGAAACAUCUCCAUGUCCGCAAUGCUGAGUUUAGACAUAUCAUUAAUGGGAAGGGCGUUUUUCCCAACUUAAAAAGGUUAGUGGUGAGUGGCAUAGAUGGUUCGAGAUUCUUAUUAUCAUUUUCCAUGGCUAGAAGUCUUGUACAACUCACACAUCUUGAGAUAUCCGGAUGUCGAACCAUGAAAGAGAUAGUAUCAAUAAACGAAUCUGAUGAAAAGCAUAUGAAGGACAUGUUUUCUAAGCUUCAACAUCUGGAGCUAAGAGGGCUGCCAACCCUCACAAGAUUCUGCUCAAGAAGUUGUACUGGAUAUCCAUCUUUGGAGAUUUUGCAACAACUAGAGAACUACGAUGAAGUUGAAGAAAUGGACUCUAGAGAAAACAUUCAGAAUGUUUUGUUUGAUGCAAAGGUUAUCGAAUUGUUUGUAUUAUCUAUAUGUUUCUUUCAUCAUUUAUAUCUAAUGCGAAAUCAUGUAUCUUACAUGUACGCACAAAAAGAAAAAUUUCUAAACAUGUCCAUUAAUAAGAUGAUCGACACUUGUACAGGUAGUAUUUCCAAGCUUGAAAGGAUUGUUCAUCGAUGGGUUGACCAAGUUAAUGACAGUAUGGCACAACCAAAUUUCUCCAGAGAAUUUCAAAAAUAUAGAGACUGUAGAGAUCUAUAGGUGUCAGAGUUUGAAAAGUGUCUUUCCAUCCUCAAUGGUGAGAAAUCUUCAGCAGCUUUUGCGUUUAUAUGUGGGCGAUUGCGGAGUGGAGGAAAUCAUUGAAGAUGGAGUACAAACGACAUAUGAGUUUGUGCUCUCAAAACUAAACUCUGUCAGAUUUGAGGAUUUGCCCGAUCUUAACUGUUUCUAUUCUGGAAUGCAUGCUUCCUGUUGGCCGUCACUUGAAGCUUU